GCCGCCACUGCUGCACCGCAGGUCCUGCAGGCUGGAUGUAAGAGCCCACUGGACUUACACGCUUCUGGGGCAGGGGCUUGCGAGGAGAUACCACUCUCAGUCAACAAACCCUUGGCCGUUUUCUCGUUUCAAAGCGGUCCUUUUCUUUUCUUGUUGCUGGAUAUCUGUCAGAAACUCAAACAGAACAGGAGAUAUGAUACUCAGGAGAAGCCUCCUCUUGUUGCUCUUUACUACAUUCCAUCAAGCAUUAGCUCAAGAUGGUGAGCAGGAGGAUGAGACAUCAUUCGACUUGUUUGAAAUCAGUCACAUCACACGUAAGACUCUGGGGGCCAAACAGUUUCGGGGCCAAAACACUGAUGCCCCUGCCUACCGCUUCAUCCGAUUUGACCACCUGCCUCCUGUAAGCGCCCCCGUACUAAAGCAAAUACUGCGACAGAUCCAAAACAAUGAGGGCUUUGUGUUCGAGGCCAGCAUCCGGCAGGACCGCACCUCGCGGGGCACCCUGAUCGGUCUGGAGGGCCUGGAUGGCCGGCGGCAGUUUGAGAUCGUGUCUAAUGGACGUGCCAACACUCUGGACCUGGUAUACUGGGUGGACGGCUCGCAGAACGUGGUCUCAUUUGAGGAUGUGGACCUGUCCGACUCGCAGUGGAAGAAUAUCAUGCUUCACAUUCACGGGGAGAAUGCAAACCUGUUCGUGGGCUGCAGCCUGAUAGACAGCUUCAUCCUGGACGAGCCUUUCUACGAGCACCUGAAGGCCGAGGGAAGCCGCAUGUAUGUUGCCAAGGGAUCCAUUCGGGAGAACCACUUCAGGGGCCUUCUUCAGAAUGUGCGUUUCAUCUUCGACACUGCAGUGGAAGACAUCCUCCAAAGCAGAGGCUGCGAGGUCAUUAAGCAAGAUGAUACCAAUAUUGUGAGUGAGAGCACAGAAAUUGUGGAUGUCAGUCCGUCCAUCACUACCAACAUCAUAGGUCAGAAGACGGACGACCUGGGCUCAGAGAUGUGCGAGCGUUCCUGUGAGGAGCUGAGCACCUUGUUCCAGGAGCUCAAAGGCCUGCGCGUUGUCGUCAGCAACCUUAUUGAUGGCUUGCAAAAAGUGACAGAGGAGAACACGGUCAUGAAAGAGGCCCUUGGGAGAAUGAAGGAGUCUAAAGAGAAAAACAUGUGCUGGCAGGACGGCCGUCUGUUUGAGGACAAGGAAGACUGGGUAGUAGACAGCUGCACUAAGUGUACCUGCCAGGAGUCCAAGAUUGUGUGUCACCAGAUUACUUGCCCACCAGUGGCUUGCGCCAGCCCCUCUUUCAUCGAUGGCGAAUGCUGCCCCGUGUGCAUGCCUAAAGACAGCGAAGAUGGCUGGUCCCCCUGGUCAGAGUGGACGGAGUGCACGGUCACCUGUGGGAUAGGAACCCAACAGAGGGGACGGUCGUGUGACGCUACCAGCAACCCCUGCACGGGAGCCUCGAUCCAGACCCGCAAGUGCAGCCUGGGCAAAUGUGACAGCCGUGUUCGCCAGGACGGAGGGUGGAGCUUGUGGUCUCCAUGGUCGUCCUGCUCCGUAACCUGCGGGGAAGGACAGAUCACCAGGAUACGCCACUGCAACGCUCCGGUACCACAGCUUGGGGGCAAAGACUGUGAAGGAAGUGGGAGGGAGACUCAGAGCUGCACUGCCAAACCGUGUCCAAUUGAUGGUGGUUGGGGACCGUGGUCUCCAUGGGCAACCUGCUCUGCAACCUGCGGAGGUGGAAUCAAAAGCCGCUCGCGUGAGUGCAACAGUCCUCAACCUCAGUACGGUGGCAAGAAGUGUGUCGGCGAGGCCAACGACAGUGACAGCUGCAACAAGAGAGACUGCCCUAUCGAUGGUUGUCUGUCUAACCCGUGCUUUGGGGGAGUGGAUUGCAGCAGUUCUGCAGACGGGUCCUGGGAGUGUGGCCCAUGCCCUGCCGGUUUCCGUGGAAAUGGUACUCAUUGUGAGGACAUUAAUGAGUGUGACAUGGUGUCUGAUGUUUGCUACAAAGUAAGUGGAACGCAGCGCUGCGUCAACACUGAUCCAGGUUUCCACUGCCUGCCCUGUCCCAAGCGCUACAAGGGCACCCAGCCUUUCGGUAUGGGAGUGGACGCUGCCAAGAAGAACAAACAAGUGUGUGAGCCAGAGAACCCGUGCAAGGACAAGACCCACAGCUGUCACAGAUAUGCCGAAUGCAUCUACAUCAGCCACUUCAGUGAUCCCAUGUACAAAUGUGAGUGUCGAACCGGUUACGCCGGAGACGGCUUCAUUUGCGGUGAAGACUCGGACUUGGAUGGAUGGCCCAAUCAGAACCUUGUGUGUAGUGCAAACACCACGUCUCACUGCCAUAAGGACAACUGUCCGAAUCUUCCAAACUCCGGACAAGAAGACUUUGACAAAGACGGCCAAGGAGAUGCUUGCGACAAAGAUGAUGACAACGAUGGAAUUCUGGAUGAAAGGGACAACUGUCCCCUCCUUUACAAUCCUCGCCAGUUCGACUUUGAUAAGGAUGAAGUUGGUGACCGCUGUGACAACUGUCCUUACGAUCACAACCCGGCACAAAUAGACACUGAUCAUAACGGAGAAGGGGACGCCUGUGCAGUGGACAUUGAUGGAGAUGGAAUUCUUAAUGAGAGUGACAACUGCCCCUACGUCUACAACUCGGAGCAAAAGGACACGGACAUGGAUGGAGUCGGGGACCAGUGUGACAACUGUCCCAUGCUUCAUAACCCGGACCAGACUGACACAGACAACGAUCUGGUUGGAGAUCAGUGCGACAAUAACCAGGACAUUGACGAAGACGGCCAUCAGAACAAUUUAGACAACUGUCCCUACGUGGCAAAUGCCAACCAGGCGGAUCACGACAAAGACGGAAAAGGAGACGCGUGCGACUAUGAUGAUGACAAUGACGGGAUACCUGAUGACAAGGACAACUGCAGACUCACACCCAACCCAGACCAGGUGGACGCCGAUGGCGAUGGAAGAGGGGAUGCCUGCAAAGAUGACUUUGAUAAUGACAGCAUCCCAGAUAUCCUGGACGUGUGUCCUGAGAACAAUGCCAUCAGUAUCACGGACUUCCGGAAGUUCCAGAUGGUCCACCUGGAUCCUAAAGGAACCACCCAGAUUGAUCCCAACUGGGUGGUCAGACACCAGGGCAAAGAGUUGGUGCAGACCGCCAACUCUGACCCGGGCAUUGCCGUCGGGUUUGAUGAGUUCAUCGCUGUGGACUUCAGUGGAACGAUGUACGUGAACACGGACAGGGACGACGACUAUGCCGGCUUUGUGUUCAGCUACCAGUCGAGCGGGCGCUUCUACGUGGUGAUGUGGAAGCAGAUCACGCAGACCUACUGGGAGGACAAGCCCUCCAAGGCUUUUGGCGUCUCGGGCGUUUCGCUCAAAGUUGUCAACUCCACCACGGGAACUGGGGAAAACCUCAGGAACGCUUUGUGGCACACGGGCAACACUGCGGGACAGGUGCGCACUCUGUGGCAUGACCCCAAAAACAUCGGCUGGAAGGAUUACACAGCUUACAGGUGGCAUCUCAUCCACAGACCAAAGACUGGUUUUAUAAGGGUUGUGGUCUACGAGGGCAAACAGAUCAUGGCUGACUCUGGACCAAUCUAUGACAAGACAUUUGCCGGUGGCAGGUUAGGCUUGUUCGUCUUCUCGCAAGAGUUGGUCUUCUUCUCCGAUCUCAAGUAUGAUUGUAGAGAUAAGCCGGAGUUUCCAACAGUGUUCACAAGAUAACUGAACCAAGCUGGGUAGAAAAACAUCAGACGGCAAAAGACAAGAAUCUCUCAAACCAAACAUCACAUCUCUGCUGGGGCCAUUUCAACGUAAACGGGACUUUGCACACUUGCAUGCUUUGCCUUGAUCCACGGACUGGAGAUAAUAUCGGGGCACAUUUCAGUCUCCCUUGCGACUUGUACGCAUUUCCCGAGAAAGAAAAACUGAUGGCGGAGAACAUUUUAAAGAGCCUUUGCAGAAUAUCUAAUCAUAACUAAUGUACCUAUUCUACGUUUUUGAAUUCAUUGUGCAACCACAUACACGCUGUAUGGGGAUUCCCUACACACUGCAGCUUGUUUUUCCUGUCAUAAAUCAUUUAGUCCAUCUCUGUUUCUCCAACUUCUUUUUAAUCCUAAAUGCAUUUUUCAAUAGAGAACUUGAGUGAACAAUUUCAAUAUUGCCAAAGAUGUUUAUACUAAGACUGUACUAUAAUUUCUUUUGUAAAUUAUUUAAGCCUCGCCCGUUUUGUUUUGUUUGAAUUUUUUGCUAGUUUUGUAAAUAAUUUAUUUAUUUGUUUACACUGACACAUAUAACUGAAUAUCACAAAUGUCAAGAUAACUCAUUACAAUAUGGUUAGAUCUUUUUGUGUGUGUUGUAAUGCACUUCUUUGUUAGUUUUUCAAAUCUUUCAGAGGAAUAUAAAGUGGCCUUAAAGUAAUCUCAUGGAUAAGUGCAGCAGACGUCUAUGGACGUGAAAGAAGUUCAUUUUGAGGGGUAAACUACGAAGUGAGAUGGGUGGACUAGCUAAGUCUGUCAGUGAUUCCCAAGUGCCUCUCUUUCCACCUGGAUACAGCACCAUGCUGAUUUAACCUGGUCCAGAGCAGCUUAUGUUUCAAUUUGUCCCUUAAUUCAACUUUUUGAGUAAUCUGGUUUUAAAUUUUACAUGACAUAUCUCACAUUUGUAAAAGGAAUGAUGAAGCCACAGCGUCGGCAUACCACUUUGGAUUAGUUUGUGCACCAUGUGUUUCUCCUAUUAUUUAUAAUUCAUUUAAUUAUCGCCUCCAAUCAAAAGUAUUUGCACCGUUUGCCUAAAGUGAGAGCGCAUGACCAGACCAUUAUAAUUUUAUUCCUGGCAAAACUCAAGAAUUUGAGCAAAAUGACGCAUGCCACGCACAGAGAGCCAGAAGCAGAGAUCUUGUGACCUUAAAGUUUCUCGAGCUGCCGCUCUCAAAGCAGGCCUGAGUGUGUUGAACCAGUUUCAUGAUAUACCCCUCUAGUAGUUUAGUUUCACCUAGGGCUUCCUUAUCCUCAGAGUGAUAUACUAGUGUAAUAUUUUUGAUUCAUUCUACCAUUAUUUCUCUAGCAGGCCCCUCGUUAAAACUGGGUGCUAAACCUUUUCCUUUUAGGCACCUUAGUGAACCUGGUGUAAUGUACACGCCGCUGAAUUUUCUGUGUAUCGGAUUUGUGACCAUGAAAUACAGUGAAAAUGUUUUAUACAAAAUACAUUUUCAUUGACAUGAUAUAGGUAUCAUUUAUAGAUAUUGUGAAACUUCACUGUAUUAGUGGAAAAGCCUCCAGAUGAAGGUGUUCGGAGACUAAGUGUGAGUGUGUGACUGUGUGGUGUGGAUCAAACAAACGUCAGCGUGUAACUUGAUUGAGUCUCCUCAUGUCCUUCCAUGUUAGGUUUCCAUUUUUCUUUAUUUACCCAACAGUUUGCAUUGCACAACAUGUAAAUGUUUUUGUAUACUUUUGUUAGAUACACAUUUUCUACAGACAUGUGUUGAAGAUUGUUCUGUUUCAUAAAUAAAACACUUCUACACCA